GCAACCCGGCGAGCCUGUUAAGUCUGAUGCGACUUUGUUGCCAGUCGGACUGAUAACCUAACGUCCUCUGCACGACAAGACGGAGAUAGACGACAUUCUUCAAUCGAUACUCCGGAAUGAUCCUCUGAUAUAGAACCAUGGUGGGGUUUCCUCGUCGUCCAUCGACGGCUGUUCGCUACAUCGUGCGAGCGCUCCUCCUGAUCUUCGUCUUCUACUCCCUGCUCGGGCCCUCCGACCCCUCCCAGGAUGGCUCCUUCGCACCGUUGAGGCCGUGGCGCCGAUUGUUCAGCUCGUCCGGGCAUCCCAUCGACAAGCUAGUCAAGGCCGCCGAGAAAGAGUUCGCAUCCAAGAUCGCAAAGGCGACCAAAAGCCUGCCAGAUGCCGCCGCCGCCUACCGCAAGCGCCGCGGCAGACACCCCCCGCCCGGCUUCGAUCAAUGGUACCAAUUCGCGGUGGAAAAACAAGCCAUCAUUGUCGAAGACUUCUGGGACCAGAUUUAUCAUGAUCUGGAGCCGUUUUGGGCGCUCGAUCCUGCGCGCAUUCGCAAAGACGCUCGCGAGUUUGAGAUGCGCAUCCACAUUCGCGACCACAAGGCCUCGACAGAAAGCGAUUGGUUUUGGACGCAGAUCUGGCUGACUUUGAUACAAACUAUCGAGCAUCUUCUCCCGGAUAUGGACCUCGCCUUGAACCCGAUGGACGAGCCGAGGGUAGUGGCGUCCUGGGAAGACGUGAACGAGUAUCUGCGUGAGGCGGCCAAAACCAAGACGAUGGCGAACCCGAAGGAGGUGGUAUCCAACUUUGGAAAGCUGCCUCCGGUUGAGCAAGCGCCGCCGGAUCAAGAGCAGAUGCCGCCGGUAAUCUGGGAAAGCGACAAGCACUACUGGCGCAUUGUGCGCCGCGGAUGUCCACCCGACAGCCCAGCUCGCGAAGCCGAAGUCAUCACCGACUUUGACCAGACACCGGCCAUUGCCGACCCCUUCAGCCUCGCACAUAUGCGAGACGGCUACGUUGCCAACUACACCCUCAGCACCUCCUUCUGCCACCAGCCCGACCUGCAAGCCCUGGAAGGCAUUUUCGUCGAGCCCCUCUCCGUCUCGGCGACCAAGUCGCUCCUCCCGAUGUUUGGCGGCUCUAAGCUCGCCGUCAACAACGACAUCCUCCUCCCGGCGCCCAUCUACUGGAACGAAGAAGACCGCUUCGUCGGCGCCGAGGGCGCCUCCAUCCCCUGGGAAGCCAAACAUGCGAUGGCGGCCUGGCGCGGGGUAGCUACUGGCGGCCGCAACCGGCCGAACAACUGGCGCUCCUUCCAGCGCCACCGCUUCGUCGCCAUGAAUAACGCCUCGAUCCUCUCCGACUCGUCACAGCCCCCGCCAAACUUCGCCCUCCCCUCCCCGCGCUACCCACUCCCCGACGCGCUGCCGGACUGGAUCUCGGCAAACACCAAUAUCGGUUUCACGGACAUGAUGUGCCUUUAUGUUCCGCCACCCGAGGAAUCCGAGCCGGGAUUUCCAGGCUGUAACUACACAGUACCCUUCUUCAGCAUCGUCCCCUCCAUCCCCAUGGCCGAUCAGUUCCACUUCAAGAUCCUGCCCGAUAUUGACGGCAACUCGUUCAGCGGGCGGUACCUCGGGUUUCUAAAGAGCACCUCGCUGCCGAUCAAGUCCACUUUGUGGCGGGAGUGGCAUGACAGCCGGCUGGUGGCAUGGAAACACUUUGUGCCGAUGGACAAUCGGUUCGGGGACUGGUUCGGCUUGUUGGCGUAUUUCCUUGGAAACGGCAAGACGCAAGGGAGGGAUGACGUUGCGAAAAAGAUCGCAAUGGACGGGAGAGACUGGGCCGCGAGGGUAUUGAGGAAAGAAGAUAUGCAGGUCUACGUAUUGAGGCUGCUGUUGGAGUAUGCGAGGGUCGUGGACGAAAGGCGGGAGAUGAUGGGGUGGGUUGAUGAUUUAUUAUGAGCCCUGACGGGUCUUGUGUCGCAUUGAGUCAAGGUGAGGUUGAUGUGAUUGUGCUUACACUUGUCUGCGCAAGUGUAGAGCUGCACGUCUCGGGCCAUCGCAAUCGCGUCAGGGUUUAAGGUUAUCAGUGUCUGUGUGUUGGGAACUUAUCGGCCUAGGGAUUUUUAGAGGCUGGGCAAAGACUGCUGCGCGGCGCAUUGUCUAGGAUGGGCAACCAAUCUGUGUGUACUUCGUUGUAAUGAAUGAUGGAAGAUUCUGCCGAUAUUGAACCAAAUCGUCGCAGUUUCAGAUGAUCUAUCUAAUCCGUACACUA